GUCAGUGACGCUGAUCGGCUGUGUUGGCGUCCUCCCGCAUUGAGGGUAUGUGGAGAGUAGUAAUGUCGGAGGAGGUUGGACAGAAAGUGCAGGCUGUGGUGGACCGGGUAAACCAAGCGGUCUCCCGUCGCCCGAAGACGUUACCAUGUGUUGCCCCUCGACUGGUGGCGGUCAGCAAGACCAAACCUGCAGAGAUGGUGGUGGAGGCUUACAAGCACGGACAACGAAACUUUGGAGAGAAUUAUGUAAAUGAACUGGUGGAGAAAGCUUCCCAUCCGCAGAUUUUGUCAUCGUGUCCUGAAAUUAAAUGGCAUUUCAUUGGUCAUUUACAAAAGAAUAAUGUCAACAAGCUCCUGGGUGUUCCAAACCUGUAUAUGGUGGAGACGGUCGACUCUAUUAAGCUGGCUGAAAGAGUCAACAGCUCGUGGCAAAAGCUGAGAGCUGCCAACACACACUGGUUAAAGAUUAUGGUCCAGAUAAACACCAGUGGAGAGGGAAGUAAACACGGCCUGUCCCCUGAUGAGACCGUAAACACAGUCAAACACAUUGUAUCUCAGUGUCCUGCUCUCGACUUCGCCGGACUCAUGACGAUUGGCCGGUAUGGUUAUGACCUCAGUGACGGACCCAACCCUGACUUCCAGAUGCUGUUGAAACAUCGUGAAGAAGUUUGUGAGAGUCUUAAGAUGCCAGUGGAUAAAGUUGAGCUCAGUAUGGGCAUGUCUACUGACUUUGAACAUGCGAUUGAGGUUGGAUCCACCAAUGUCCGCGUCGGAAGCACUAUAUUUGGCACUCGGGAAUAUCCCAACACCCCAACCCCCAGUCCAGAGAAAAAGCCAAAGGUUGUGUGUGAGGAAGCAGCCAGAAAAAUGGACCGACUGACCGUUACAGAGCAAUGAAAAUUGGAAGAAAAAAAAGAUUACUGAACUGAAUCUGGGAACUCUUUCCCAAUGACUGGGCUCACCAUUUACCAGUCAAAAGCCAUUAAUGUGUCUUAACUAUCGCUACUGACCUGGUCUUCUGAGGUGAAACAACUAGAGAGAUUAAUGAAAAGUGUCAUUUGACCGAUUCAACCCGAAAUUAACUUCCUGAAGGUGUUUUAUUAGCAAAAGAUCUCUAGAAAUAUUCACCCACCUUUGCAAAGUUCUCUACUUUGCUUAACAUUUCGUUUCGAACAGAUACAGGGUCAGCACGUGUUUGGUUUUGUUGUGCAAAUUUGUAGCCGAAUUCAUUGUUUAGAGGUUAUCACCUAAUCAUGUGAGGCGUACUUUCUGUCAUAUCAGUUGAGUAGAAAAAAUAGAUAAAAUCGCGUAACAUCUGAGUAAAACAACAGGUUUUCAUUUUGUUGUGUAGGUAUAUUUUAGUGUUUGUAUAUUGUUUCAUUUGUGUACAAUGGCUGAGCAGAAAGUGUCAGUAAAAUGACAACACUUUACGCUAAGGUUCAGUUAUCAACAUUACUUUAUGAGGUUAAAUAGCAAUGAAUAAUAACUAAAUUACUUUCUACCUAAUCUGAUUUUCACCUGUCACGUUAUGUAUUAUGAUCAAGCACAAAUUAACAAUAGUGCGUUUAUAAAUGAUCAUGAACCGAUAUUAAAGAAUUGAGCAUUACGGUAAAGUGUUACUAGUGAAGUACUAUUUGUAAAUGAUAUAAAUAACAUGUAUAGUAUUCUGUAUCCUCGUUUUGCUGUGAAUGGUGUCAGUGACUUGUUUCAGGACUGACGUGUGCGUGUAUGUGUGGUACUUUGGUGUAAUUAAUUUAGUACCUAUAGCUCCAUGUCAUACUAAAAAAUAAAAAAAUAAGCGCUGGUCAACAUUGAUUUUUAGCUCAAUACAACAGAAAUAAGCGUGCAGUGGAGUGGAAAAAAAAGGUUGAAGUGCAAGAUUAAAGACUUGAGUGUUUCUAGAGUUUAAGGAAAGCUGAAGGUCUUUGGUAUUUUACUAUGCAAGGAGAGAGAUUGUGCUGCAUUUGAAAUGUUUGUUUAGAGGCAAUCACAUAUUUUUUCAUCAUUUUGAAUGGUGAUGUCAAACUAAUGAUAUGUUAUUGUUUGUGGUUGAUUGUGAAAGCAAAAUGGAAACUAACAUCCAUACAUUUUUCAAUUAUGUGUGUAGUGUCAAAGAUGAAUAUUGUUGUAUCUUGUCAAUAGGUGGUUGUACAUAAAUAUUUGAGUUGGGUAAGGUGGGUAAUAAAUGAAAUACUUCUGUGUGA